CGAGAACUGCCGCGACGAACCAGCGUCCGCGACGAUGGCGCAAUUGCGGCGGUGACUCCCCACGUCUCAAGCCCGCCUGCGCUAAGGUGCCUUGCAGGCCCUGCUGCAGAAUGACUUGGAGGUUUGCUGCUUCUUGAUGUACACUUGAUUUCCCUGACGCUCAACUCCUCACUUCCAUUCAUCUGGACCUCUGCCUCUGCAUUGUGAGCGGCGAAUUGCACCGCGUCAUCACCGAUAACGGCCUUGGUAGCUAGACUACAGAGCCGCCACACGUCCAUCCCAGACGUCCCGUCCAUCGGACGCACAACCACUUCAACAAUGGCUGGCGAACCGUCCAAGAGCAAAGGCCCCGUGCUCGACAUUGACGGCCACAACCUGCCGCCGUCGCCGGCACCAAGCACCCCCCGCAGUGCAGGCAGGAAGUAUGCCCUCGCUACAGAGCUCGUCUACACGGAGAGCACCGACCAGUACAACGCCAGCUCUGUGCCAAUCUACCAGUCGGCCACCUUCAAGCAGACCAACGCCAACGGCAGCGGCGGCGAAUAUGACUACACCCGCUCCGGCAACCCGACACGAACGCACCUCGAGCGCCACCUGGCCAAGAUCAUGAACGCCAACCGCGUCCUCGUCGUCGGCUCCGGCAUGGGCGCCCUGGACGUCGUCACGCGCCUGCUGCGCCCGGGCGACGAAGUCGUGACCGGCGACGACCUCUACGGCGGCUCGAACCGCCUGCUCAAGUACCUCUCGACCCACGGCGGCAUCAUUGUGCACCACGUCGACACGACCAACCCCGCCGCCGUCGGCAAAGUCCUGAGCAGCAAGACGGCCCUCGUCCUGCUUGAAACGCCCACAAACCCGCUCAUCAAGAUCUGUGACAUCCCCACCAUCUCGCGCGCCGCCCACGACGCCAAUCCGGCGGCCGUUGUCUGCGUCGACAACACCAUGAUGUCGCCCAUGCUCAUGAACCCGCUCGAUCUCGGCGCCGACAUCGUCUACGAGUCCGGCACAAAGUAUCUCUCCGGCCACCACGACCUGAUGGCUGGCGUCAUCGCCAUCAACGACAGCGCUCUGAGCGAUCGCCUGUACUUCACCAUCAACGCGUCGGGCUGCGGCCUUUCGCCCUUUGACUCGUGGCUGCUGCUGCGAGGCGUCAAGACGCUGGGCGUGCGCAUGGAGAAGCAGCAGGCCAACACGAUGCGCAUCGCGACGUUCCUGGAAUCGCACGGAUUCAAAGUCCGGUACCCCGGCCUGAAGAGCCACCCGCAGUACGAGCUGCACUGGAGCAUGGCGCGGGGCGCGGGCGCCGUGCUCUCGUUCGAGACGGGCGACGUUGGUGUGUCGGAGCGCAUCGUCGAGAGCGCGAAGCUGUGGGGCAUCUCCGUCUCGUUCGGCUGCGUCAACAGCCUGAUCAGCAUGCCGUGCCGCAUGAGCCACGCGAGCAUCGACGAGAAGACGCGGCGCGAGCGCAACAUGCCCGAGGACAUCAUCAGGCUGUGCGUCGGCAUCGAGGACGCUGACGAUCUCAUCGACGACCUCAGUCGUGCUCUCGUCCAAGCCGGCGCCGUCAACAUCACGCCCGAAGGCUUCAGCGCCCUGACCCUGUCUUCUGCGGCUGAGGAUCUGCCCGCCAUCGCGCCCGCCACCGAGGACUAGCCAUCUUUCGCUUUUCUUACAAAAGUCACCUCUGUCCUGUCGAGGAGGCGGCAGCCGAGUUCCGAGGCGGCAGCCGAUGAAGUCCACCACCGCCUCCUCGCAGGUUAACGUGCACACCCCAAGCCGCCUCUGUCACUCCCCCCCAUGCAACCGGGGGCAGUGUUAACGUGGUAUUUCAUUUAGCUUUGCAGUUGUCUCGUUGGAUCGCGUACAUGUAGCAAGCGCGAGUUUAGGAGCUAUAUCCAGUCAAUUCAAUGAAACUGUUCAUUCCCACC